AUGCUGAAGCCCGGCGACCCCGGCGGAUCGGCUUUCCUCAAGGUGGACCCGGCUUACCUCCAACACUGGCAGCAGCUUUUUCCGCCUAGCAGCCAGCUGAAAGGCGCCGCGGGGCUGCUGGGCCACCCCCUCCAGGCGCCCGAAAGAGCCGUUGACCCAACGUGUGACAGCCUCCGACAGCUCCCGGCCUCUCUCUCUUCGGCAGCCUCGUCCUCCUCGUCCUCCUCGUCCUCCUCCUCUUCGUCCACCCCGUCGUCCGCCCCAUCUUCGUGCGCCGCCGCUUCCCUGGCCAGCUUGACUUCGCUGCCGAUGGCGCAGAUCCCUGUCUUUGGGCCGAUCCAAACCUCCGAUCCCGCAACGGGAGCCCCUGCUUCCCUCUUGCAGACCAAGGACUUGGGAGGGGGCGGCGGCGGCGGCAGCCUGGCCAAGUGCAGCGAGAGGGGGGCGCCUAGGAUUCGCUGCACCGCCGAGGAGCUGGACUAUUACCUCUACGGGCAGCAGCGCAUGGAGAUCAUUCCCCUCAACCAGCACACCGGGGACCCCAACAAUCGGUGUGACAUGUGUGCCGAUAACCGUAAUGGAGAAUGUCCCAUGCACGGACCUCUGCACUCUCUGCGCCGGCUGGUGGGAACCAGCAGUGCAGCAGCGGCAGCACCUCCCCCUGAGAUUCCGGAGUGGCUUCGGGAUCUGCCUCGGGAAGUGUGUCUGUGCACCAGCACUGUUCCUGGCUUGGCCUAUGGCAUCUGUGCGGCCCAGAGAAUUCAACAGGGCACUUGGAUUGGGCCUUUCCAGGGAAUUCUUCUCCUGCCCGAAAAGGUACAAACAGGAGGAGCCAGAAAUACUCAGCACCUCUGGGAAAUAUAUGACCAGGAUGGGACACUACAGCACUUUAUUGAUGGCGGGGAACCCAGUAAGUCAAGUUGGAUGAGAUAUAUUCGAUGUGCACGCCACUGUGGGGAACAAAAUUUAACUGUAGUCCAGUACAGAUCAAAUAUAUUCUACCGAGCUUGCAUGGAUAUUCCCAGGGGCACAGAGUUGUUGGUGUGGUAUAACGACAGCUACACAUCUUUCUUCGGAAUCCCUUUGCAGUGCAUUGCACAGGAUGAGAACUUGAAUGUUCCUUCAACUGUAAUGGAAGCCAUGUCAAGACAAGACACCCUCCAGCCAUUUAGCAAAAGUAGCAAGCUACCCUCUGCCCCUCCACAGCGAUCCAUAGUGUUUCCGCAGACUCCGUGUAACAGGAAUUUCUCUCUCCUGGAUAAAUCAGGUUCUAUCGAAUCAGGAUUUAACCAGAUCAGUGUAAAAAAUCAACGAGUUCUUGCAAGUCCUACAUCAACAAGCCAAUUAAAUUCUGAGUUUAGUGACUGGCAUCUUUGGAAAUGUGGGCAAUGCUUUAAGACUUUCACCCAGCGGAUCCUCUUGCAAAUGCAUGUUUGCACACAGAAUCCUGACAGGCCCUAUCAGUGUGGACACUGCUCCCAAUCCUUCUCCCAACCUUCAGAGCUCCGGAACCACGUAGUCACUCACUCCAGUGACAGACCUUUCAAGUGUGGCUAUUGCGGUCGUGCCUUUGCUGGUGCUACUACACUCAACAAUCAUAUCCGGACACAUACAGGGGAGAAACCCUUUAAGUGCGAAAGGUGUGAGAGGAGCUUCACCCAAGCCACCCAGCUGAGUCGACACCAGAGGAUGCCCAAUGAGUGCAAGCCAAUAACAGAGAGCACAGAAUCAAUUGAAGUGGAUUAACUGAUUGACUGGUUGGAAUUAAACUGCAAGGAAAGUCAUGAUUAAAUGUCACGGACACUUAAGCAAAACCAAAGAUUUCCUCUGAGCAACUUUCAAUCAGUCCCAGAAAACCAAGAGCAGUAAUAAAAUAAGUAAGAUGUUAAGAGAUAUUGAUCCUGGCAUGGAAG